GAUAUAUUAUCUUCAAAUUAACCCUUCUCUAAUCCAAAGCCAGUCACACAAAUUUGCCCAUGGCGGAGAAGGAGCAGGUGAAGCCAUUAGCCUCAGCGCCUUUCCGCAGCGAUCUAAAUGAAGAAGAGUUAUCUAUGCAAUUCAACUUUCACCAACGAAAUUAUCUCAAGUGUUGCGGUUGCUUCACCACCCUCUUACUAAUUCCGGCGGUCGUGCUUCUCAUUCUCAGCUUCACAGCCUUUCAUAUUCAUCAUCCCCAGAUCACCAUGAACUCUAUAACUGUUCAACAACUUCACCAGGACGAAAACCAAACUCUACGAGAUUCGGACAUAAAAAUGUCACUUGUGGUUGACAUUUCAGUGAAGAAUCCUAAUGUAGCAUCCUUUAAAUAUAGCGAUGCUGUGACAAGGGUGUACCAAGAGGGGACUGUGGUCGGGGAAGCCCGGAAUCCUUCGGGAAAGAUUAAAGCAAAAUCAAAGGUUCUUUUAAAUGUUAGCAUAGAUGUGAGUGUGAGAAGGACUGGGGGAAUGAUGAAGAUGGGAAUCAAUACAAGGAUUGACGGAAGAGUGAAAAUAAUGGGGGUGAUAAAGAAAUCUGUAGUGCCAAAGAUGAAUUGCAGCAUGAGAUUUGAUGUUUUAACAAAGGCAUUUCAAGAGGAGAGGUGCGGGCAAAAUGUUAUGAUAUAGGAUUAAUUCAUCAUCUUUUUUUUUUUUUUUUUAGUUGCUUAAGCAACUACAUAAUUUGUCUGUUUUUCUUUAUGCAUAUAUGUUUUAUAAUAGUUUUGAUUUUGUUGUA